AUGAUCAAUACAGUUUCAUCUGAUAGUAAUACUACAAACGCUCAUCAUUCAUCAACGUCUCUCGCUACAACAGCAGCAGGAAAAAAACGUUUAAAAUUAAAAAUAAAACGUAAUACAUAUCACGGUAAAAUUACGCAUCAUGAAAUUAUUCACGAUAAAGAUAAACAACAACAACAACAACAACAGCAACAGCAAGUAAAUAAUAAAACGUCUGCUACAAUGUUAACCACUAACAAUACAAAAGCAGUGAUCCCACUAUUAUCGAAAGUAAAAACAGACGAAAAUAUUAAUUCGUCAUCAACUGCGACUAUAGCAGAUGAUAACAAUAUAUGUAAUGAAUAUGGAGAUAAUGAAAGUGAAAAGAGUGAAAAUGAUACAUUGACCACCACCACUACAACGACUACAACAGUUCAAGUGAAAGUUAAAACAACAAAAACAUCAAGAAAACGAAAAUUAAACAGUGAAAAUAAUACUGAUGAUACCACUGAUUGUAUCGUUGAUAGUAAUAAUGAAAAAACAAGACAAUCAACUAAAUCAAAAAGAAAAUGUGCUACAUUAUCUAAUGUUGAACGACAAAAUAGUAACGAUGAUACAACCAUACCAUCAACACCAUUACCGUCACGAGUGAAUCGCUCAUCAAAUGGCUCUGUAUCAUCUAUCGGUGUUCAUACAGAGCAAGAUGCAUUCGGACCUUGUGAACCGGGUUCAUCGGUUUUACUUGAAGGAAUUGUAUGGAAUGAAACCGAUAAAGGUGUACUUGUAAUUAAUGUGACAUGGCGCGGAAAAACAUACGUUGGAGCACUGCUAAAUACAACCGAACAAAACUGGGCACCUCCCAGAUAUAAAAAUGAUCCAAGACAAAAUCAUCGGCUAAAAAAUAAUCAUUAUAAUACAUUAUCAUCAUCUUUACCAUUGCUGUCAUCAUCAUCGUCCUUAUCAUUAUCCCAAUCAAAUCCUUUAUCUAUAUCGGGUACUAGUACUCAAACACCAGCCGAUACGAAUAGUAAUGAACCAACAGAAAGGAUACUUCGCAAUGGUAAACGUCGUGGAACUGCUAUUCAACAACAAACGAUACAACCUGCAUCACCAGGUGAUUUUAAAGUGCCACCUCUUCCAACAACGCCAACAAUAUCAAAAGAUCUUUCACCCGACAUGGGAUUAGUUAAAAAUGAAUUAGAUUCAUUGACUACAGAACCAGUAUCAGAUAAUUCAUCUAGUUUGAAUAAAACUAUAAUCGAUAACGAAAAUGGGUUGUCAACAGCAAUAGCAGCACCAUCAAAUUAUAGUGAUUCAACGAAUGGAAAGGAUGAUGAUGAAAGUAGUACGAGCUCAGGAUUUAGUACCACAUGUAGUCCACAGACAACAUGCAAUGAAGCAAAGACUGAAAUAAAAAAUGAAUUAAAAACGAAUAACAAUCAUGAUGACACUCAUGUUGAAUCAGUAACUCCCAUCGAUUUGAGUAAAACAACAACAGAACUAGGCAAAGAUACCGAAAAAAUCGCAAUUGAAAAUAUGCCAUGUAAUGAUUCACUCAAAAUAUCAUCUAUAAACGAUUCUAUAAAUGACAACAGAAAACCUUUAUUAACUACUACAAAAAUGGAUUUUAUUCAAAAAAGAACAUCUCCGUCAGAUACUAGUCAUCAAUCGAAAAAUCACGACAGAUUUUCACAUCAUCAUCAUCAUUUUUCAAAAUCUCAUCAUAGUUCUAAAUCAAAUAAAUCUUGUUCGAAAUUAGAUAGUACUACUGCUUAUAAUUCGAAUAGUAAUAAAAUAAAAUCUAUACCAGCGUCACCGUCACCAUCGACGUCUUACCAGUCAUUAUCACCGUAUCAUCAGUCAUAUUUUUCACCUCAUCAUCAACCGCCACCAAUGUCUCCGUUUUCUCCAUUUCGACCUGAAAUGGCUGCUGCAUUUCUCGGUUAUCAACAAACACGUCAACAACAAUCAUCUUCUCCUCCACAUCAUGGCGGUGAACGUCUGUCACCAACAACAAAAAAUAUGUUAAAUACUAAAGCACCAUCACCCUAUUUACAACUACCAUCACCUGUUCAACAACAAUUAUAUUUUAAUUCAUUAUUGCACGCUCAAAAUCAUUCAAGAUAUCAAGCAGCUGCAACCUAUUCUAAAUCUUCAAGAUAA